AUGAUUCUCAUAUUGGCACCUAAAUACGGUAUAAGUCAUAUGAAUUUCAUGUCCAAGGUGGCUGAUACAUUGGUUGAUGCCGGACAUAACGUGGUGGGUUUCGCCAGGAGUUUUUUAUUAUGA